AUGUCUCAAUAUGAUCGAUGCUCACGAAAUUCGGCAUGUGCCUGUUUUCAUUUGCCCGGCGCGUCUAACUCUGGCAUUUGUACAGAUCGAUACGCGGUGACCUGUUCUGAGUUGACUCCAUGCCAUCACUCAACGAAUAACUGCAGCCAAUCUGAUCAUAUAUGCCUUCAUCAUCCUCAGUGUCGCGAUAUUCCUGUUUGUUAUCCAAUACCGAAUUACAAUAAACAAUUUUGUUCACCGAUAGCUACUACAACUACUACCAAACUUCCUACUCAACAACUAGUCUUGCCUAACAUUCCUGCUAAUGCCAAGUGGGCACAAAAUGGAGUGACUGUCGCUGGAGGCAAUGAAAAAGGCAGUAGCACCAAUCAACUCGACAACCCUCUCGGUAUCUUUGUUGAUGAGGAUUUAACAAUUGUCAUUGCUGAUCCAUCUAAUAAUCGUAUCAUCCAAUGGAAGAAGGAUGAUACAACUGGACAAAUCGUUGCUGGUGGUAAUGGCCAAGGAAAUCAAUUGGAUCAAUUAAAUGAUCCAACUGAUGUACUGGUCGACAAAGAGACGGAUAGUUUCAUUAUUUGUGAUCCACGAAAUCAACGAGUCGUACGAUGGUCUCGUCAUAGUAGCACAACACAGGGGGAAAUUCUCAUCGACAAUAUCGUUUGUUGGGGGUUAGCUAUGGAUGAACAGAGAUAUCUGUAUGUCUCUGAUGUCGUAAAUCAUGAAGUCAGACGGUAUAAACUGGGAGAUACGAAUGGCAUUCUCGUUGCUGGUGGUAAUGGUCUAGGUGCUGAUCUCAAUCAGUUCAACGAGCCGAAAUAUCUCUUUGUCGAUCGACAACAGAAUGUCUACGUGUCCGACUGGAAUAAUCAGCGUGUAAUGAAAUGGUCUAAAGACGCUAAAGACGGUAUUGUCAUCGCUGGAGGUCAAGGUCAAGGGGCUGAUCUGACACAAUUUUCCUUUCCUCAAGGACUCUUCGUCGAUACAUUGGGUACUCUCUAUGUGGCAGACCAAUGGAAUGAUCGUGUGAUGCGUUGGCCUCAAGGAACGUCACAAGGUACAGUGAUUUUGGGCGGAAGUGGCUUUGGGCCUGAAGCAAAUAAGACGAGCGACCCCACAGGUUUGUCCUUUGAUCGGCAAGGCAAUCUCUAUGUUGUUGAUCAUUAUAAUCAUCGUGUUCAACGAUUUUCUCUCGAGUAG